AAUCAAUCACGUUAACGCACGCAAACCCCCACAACGUUGUUAACGUUAAUUUUGUAAGUGCAUACGUCGACAACCGUCAGACUUGUUUUGACAAAUGGAUCAUUUUGAAAAUUUAUAUUUAAAUAAUUGAACAAAGUCUGGAUUUUUGAUUUUAUUGUUCUAGUGAACGAGCAGACGACACGGAGAUAAUGUUAUUGGUUCUUGCUUUCUGUCUGGUGUUGCCAGCAGUGCUAGGAAAUAAACCUACUGAGGAUGCGUUGACAGGAAAGCCAAAGGAUGAUAGGCUUGUUAUUGUUGGCAAUCUAAAAGACAUUCCAUCAUCAGAAAUUAAUAAAAUGUUUCUUCAUAAGGAUGACAAUUACAGCAAACGUCUACCGGCAGAUAAUGUACUAGGUAUUAAUAAAAUAAAACCACUAAAGUCUAUGCCAACACAUAUUAAAAAGAAGAAGUCCAAACUACAAAAAUGGAGAACAAAAAUGAAGAAAAAACAAUUAAAAGAACUGAUAAAGAAGAAUAAUAAGAGACAGAAGGAACUGAAGAAGCUAAAUCUGAAGGACAAGAACAAGAAAAUGGUACAGAAAAGAAACAAAUGGAAAUAUAAAGGCAAAAAGCAAGCAAGGGAAAUACACUCAAAUAAGUUAUCUAAAGUCAUAGACCGCAUAAUGUCAUACAAAAGCGGAAAACGCUCCGAACUAUCAACACAAGAAAUACGGCAAAGAAUUCUCAACAUUCUGACAGAUAAAAAGGGAGUGAUCAAACUUGGUAAAGAUUGUCCAAAGCCAAAGAUCGGACCAAAGAAAGGAAUAAAACGACUGCGAAAACGGCUAAGAAGUCUCAAUAGAAGGAAAAUGCCAAAGAAACGCCCGAUGACUGUUGCUACCUUCAAAGAUGGCGGACAGAAUGGCUCGAAAAAGCCCGUUGCUCAGAAAGACGUACAUACAACUACAUAUAAAACGAAUGGUAAAAGAGGAAAUGUAAAAUCCAAAAUAACGGUACGCCUAGGAAAAAAGGAUAAGAAACGGAUGAACAAAAAGAAGUCACCCAGGAAGAAAACGCAGAAGAAAGAAACAAAUAUUUCAUACAAAAAUAGACAUCAAAGCAAGGGAAAUGUUUAGAAAUAUUGCGAGUUUUGAUAGAUAUAUAGUGGGGAAAACGUAAUGUAGUAGAUCAGUGACGUAAUUCUUUUAAAAGUUGUUUUUUGUUAUAUUUUGACAAGUAUAGAGUCAUAUGCUAUACACAUAUAUCACAAUUAAAUAAAAAAAAAGUAGUC